GGUAAGAGGGUGUGUUAGCAGCCCUCGCGCUAAUUUGUAUCGCCGAGUGGAUCGAAAUGUGAACUUCUGAAACAUCGUUCAUAAUUUGAAAGUUCAGUGAUAAUUUUAUUUUGAUGUGUCAAAAAUAAAUAUUACAAAGUUUAUGGAUAUCCGAAGUUUGUGAACUUGUGGAUUGAUAAAACAAACUUUUACGAAGUUCGUGGGUGAAGUGAAGUGGUUUGUUUGAUACAGUUCUAACAUUGAUUGAGACUUGCAACAUUGAUUGGGAUUUUUACCAGACAAUGCAUCGCAUAGACCCUCGGUUGGCUUAUAACGAAUGGAUGCGACAGGGCUAGCAUGGCGGUGUCAGGGCUAGGAGGUAUGCGAGCGCGCAUGGGCUAUCGGCUCAAGUUUGUUCUGGUGGUGAUCGUCAGUAUGGUGCUGGGAUUUUUCAACGAAAGUCAAGGCACGGCGCAUUACGGAGAGGACAGCGUGGGGUCAUUCCCUUACUUCGAGUACAAUGUGCCGAGGAAUGUGACUACGGUGGUCGGGCAGACCGCCUUCCUGCAUUGUAGAGUUGAACAGCUUGGCGAUAAAGCGGUAUCUUGGAUAAGAAAAAGAGAUCUUCAUAUACUUACUGCUGGAAUUUUAACAUACACGUCUGAUCAGAGGUUUCAAGUUAUCCGGCCAGACAAAUCAGAGAACUGGACUUUGCAGAUCAAGUUUCCGCAAGAAAGGGAUGCUGGAAUCUACGAAUGCCAAGUGAACACUGAACCGAAGAUGUCCUUAGCUUUUCAACUGAAUGUUGUCGAAGCAAAAGCAAAAGUCCUCGGACCCGCAGACCUGUAUGUAAAGACUGGCAGCCUGCUAUCUCUCACAUGUAUCCUGAGUCAGGGCCCACACGACUUGGGGACAAUAUUUUGGUAUAAGGGAUCAAAAUUAAUAGAAUAUAAGGAAGUGGAGGCAAAUGAAGUAGUUGAAGAGCCGAGAAUUCGCUUGAAGACAGAGUGGACGGAGCAACUAACGUCAAGAUUAACGAUCGACAAGCUUCUGCCCACUGACAGCGGGAAUUAUAGCUGCGUGCCGACCAUGGCUGAAGCCGCCUCCGUCAAUGUACAUGUUAUAAACGGUGAACACCCAGCUGCGAUGCAGCAUGGAAAUGCGAACACCGCUUCACCCUGUGCACUGUCAGUUAAUCUCCUCAUUUCUCUGUAUUGCACACUUGCUACUCUCUACACGAACACAGUGGACGGCUUCAGAUGAAAGUUAAAUAAAAUAAUAAAUUGAAAAUUGUAAAUUAUAUAGAUUAUUUCGUUAGUAUUUGGCGUGAAACGUUUAGUGUUAAAAAACUAAAAAUAACCGUAAACAGUUGUGAAUUUAAUUGUUAAUACAACAGAUUGUGAACAAUUUUCACAAGAGGGUUCCAAAAAAACAGGUUCACGAUACAGCACAAACUUCUAAAUAUAAAUGCUCAUUUUAAACAUUAAACGUUUCGCAUUGAAUCGACGUCAGAUUGUAAAAAAAAAACAUUUUGUAUGGAAAUAAAACUUGCAGAGCCAUACUCGAAAUUAUUCUUUAUACAAGACGAUUUAAUUAACGAUGAUUCUGUCAAAACGUCUGUCUGUAUCUUGUGUUAAAAAAUUAUAUUAUUUUAAUUAUGUUGGCGUUGUCUGUGAUAUAAUACCCAAGCAGAGGAUUACCAUUUAUUAAAAUAAAAUGUAUGAGAAGGGUAUGGCUAGGAUUUAUUUGAUUACAGCUGCCAAGUGUCAUUCUUAUUCUGACGAUUUGUUGGUUUUAUUUAAAUACAAGCAAAGCCGAAAAACUAUAAUAUCUCUGGAAAUGGUGACAUUUUACACUCUUAGAAAAGUGACUUUAAAAAAUUAAAUAUGAAAGUUGUAUUAUGUAACACUAAUGAAAAUAUUAAUGCAUUCAGCUCAUUUCUACCUGUUUGAUCGAAACUGAAAACUGGAUGGAUUGAAAAAGUUGCCGAUGUAAGACAAACAAAUAGUCACCGUGUUUAGUAUAACAUGUUUCAUAUGAAUCGGUAUAACAUCCCAACUAAAUCGCUUAAAGUAUAGCCGUCUAUCUAAAUACAAUGAUAAGGCGCGCAACAGACAAAUAGAUAUGAUUCAAAUUCCGAAUGAAAAAAAA